CCAAAGGUAUUUCCGACCCAGGACACAAUGGAGCCUUUUUAUCUCUAUGAUCUUGGAAUACAGAUAGAAAACAAAGCUAUCCAGAGGAUCCUUUGCCCCAUGGCCGCAGAGCUCUGUCAUCUAAUGCUUGCCCUGGAACAGGAAGACAGAAUGUGUCAGACCUUACCCAACAUAGAGGAGAAUGCAGAAAAAUUAGCCAAGGCCACUGAUGAACUCGCUUCUGCUGCAAGAAGAUUGGCCCAGCAGUCCAGCGACAAGGCGUACCAGGAGGAGACACAUCUCACAGCCGAGUCCCUUGUGCUGGCAGGGAGGCACGUGUUGCAGGCAGCCCGCCAGCUGCAGGGACAGCCGUUCAGCCCUAGCCACAGGGAGGUGCUGGCUGCAGCAGCAAAGGGCAUCCUAACUGAGACUGCAAAGAUCCUUCAGAUCGAAGGUGCUGCCGGGGCAAGGAGGAUAACGCAGGCUGCCAGCUGGCUGUUGGAGUGCCUGGGCACACUGCGGGAUACAGGGGACGUGCCAGGGCUGCUGGCUGCUUUCCAGGACUUUUCCAAGGCUUUGCUUCUGCUGAGCAACCUGACAGCACAGCACCUCGAGGAACUCCGAGAUUCUCCUCGACGGACCAGCUUGGCCCAGACUUUGCAGCUCCUUCACAAGUGCGUUCCUUUGCUCCACGAAUCCAAGCACAGCCACCUUAAAUGCUCCUGGGCUCAACAAGUCAACCUCUCCAAAAACGAUGCUUUCCAGCUGAUGGAGAGGACCAUCCAAGAGCUUGUUUCCUUGCUUGUUAACAGCACAGGCAGCAAGGAGCUUCAGGACGGACACGGGACCUUCUCCCAUCAUGUGCAGAGGCUGCUGGCUCUCCUCAACCACCCAGACCCAGUGCACCCCUCUGACAGCGAGUUCAGCACUCAUGUGGAAGCAAUAGUUUUCUACUGCAUGCUUCUAGCAGAGAUGUGCAGGGCAGAUCUGAAGCAGGAUCUGGUAAAACGUUGCUAUGUUCUCCUACAGCUCAGAAAAAGCAUCUGCUGCCACAUAAAUCAGCAGGAAGGAGGGACAAGGCCAAGCUGGGGAGAAAGCAGCCUGCAGGAGAAAUGUCACACCAUGGGAAAGGAGGUGGAGGACCUUGACAAGGCUGUGCUCAAAGCUACUCUGCACCAAAUCCUCAGCACCUUCUCCGAGGCCAAGGAGCCCUUGAGGCAGUUAGUAGAGGAAGCUCUUACCCUUGCAGGUACAGGGUGUUUUCCAGCAGGGCAGGGAGGAUUACUGAAGAAGCUUCAGCCCCUCACUGCCACCUUUUUCGCACACGCCCAGCAGAUGCUCAGAGUGGCAGACUUUGUCCUGGCCAGGUGCACCAAAACCCAAACUGCUAGAGAAAUCCAUGACUGUUUAGAGUACUUAAAGAGCCUCCUUGCCAGUCUCCCUCCAGCACUCACAGAAAUGAGCAGAAACCCAACCCACAUGAGCACUGCUCAGCACCUGCAAUCCUUGUACCACGCGUGGGCUGGGACAACAGAAAGCCUCCUGCAGUGUUUUGAAGAGACAGUCAGCAUGCAUGAAUUCCUGAAGCUGUCCAUCCAGGAAAUGGCCAAGCACAAGGAAUGGUGUGACAAGGCCCUGCAAAGUCAGGACCCCGAAAGGCUCUCUAGCCAUGCUACCAGCCUCACCACUUGGGCUCGGUGGGUUGCUGGAGCUGCUGCCAGGUAUGUGGAUAGAGCAACAGACCCCAUUUUCAGGAACGGCUUGCUGGUUUGGAUUGAGCAGCUGGCCACGUCCAUUCUUGAGCUGAAAGCAGCCACGGCCCUUUGCACGGAGAGAUGCUCCUGUCUCCAAACUAGGGAUGCCUUUUCAAGGAUGGCGAGCUGCCUGAUGGAUACUGCUCACUGCAUUCAGGAUGGGCUGGAUGGGUCCAACCACCCAGAUAUCCUCAGCCCUCUCCGGGAACGAAUACGGAGAGCUGACGUUGCGAAGGAGCUUGAACUCAGCUCAUCCUGUGCUGGGUUAAGAAACAUUAUCGGUCAAGCUAAAUUGCAAGGAGAUGUCUUAAGUCAUCCCUCUCCACAAGCAGGUAACUCACACCCAGAUGUUGUUCCAAGGAAAGGAGAAAUGCACCCUGUUGUUACAGCACUCCUUGCAGCUACCAGAGCCCGUGAUACAGCAGCUGUGAAUGCUGCCUGCUCCGCCUUGCUCCAAGUCUCUAACUGCUGUAUCAAUGCAGCAAAGGAAGCACUGCCUGUUGCUGCCUCUCCCCACACGGAGACACUGGGGCAGUACCAGAAGAUUAUCUUACUGACACCAUGUGUUAUUAGCUUGGCCAGGGAAGCAGCCCCAGGGCAGCUCCAGCAUCAAGGCAGACUUCUCCAAACUGCACUUUCCCUCUCAGAAACCAUCUGUGAGACCAAAGAGUGCCUGGCAGCCAUGGCAGGCUCUUGGUACAGUCUGUCUCAACAAGUGCUUGGGUUUAUCUUGGCUGCUGACUUUACGAGCAGCAAACAGGCUUUGGACGAGACCAUGAUGGGUUUAGUAGGAGCGGUUCAGAUAGCAGAGGACAUUGCAAGCAUGGCCUGUGAUAAGCAGAAUCCCAUUUGUCCUGAGGACUGGGAAAACUUUCUACAGGUCCAAGCCAAAUUUUCACAUGCUCAGAUGAACACCAAAGUGUUACUUGAGAAAGCAAUGUCCUUCCAGGGCCCCUGCAAGUUGGGAGAGGCCAGCCUGGAGCUGCGCUGUGUCCACUGGGCUAUCAGCAUGCAUGUGCUCCUGGGUGCUGUGGAUCAGUUCAUAGGCAGAGACAUGCUGUUCCUGAGGGAGCUAACAAGUGCCAUGGACAACAGGCUUUGUUCACAGAGCCUCUUGGCUGCUGUGUCUGAGAUCUCCCUGAGGAUGCAGGAAGCUGCCCGGCUCUCUUACUUCACUUGCCCUGAAGACUGCGGCCGCAGUGAAAUCCUCACCCUCAGGGAAGAGAUAAAGGUGCUAACGGAAGCUCUGCUGGAUGCCUCCAAUACCCUGUUGGUCUCUCCUCUGCCUUCUGCCAGCCUGUACGUUCGCUUUGAGCUCCUGCAGAGAGACUUGGCCCUCAGGGCCAAAGCAUUACUGCUCCACCUGGAGAAGGCCAACACCAAACACCUACAAGUCAUCCGAGAUGUGGUAGGACCAGCCUUGUCUUUCUUCCCCGAAGAGUGCAGGGAGGUGAGCCAAAAAGCUUUUAAAGAGAAAGCGGGUCAGCUAUUGGCCAACAUUCAGUGGGUCAGAGCCACCCUCCAACGUGUCCUGGAGACAACCGCUCAACUGCAGUCACGGGCAGACCUGCUCUCUGUUGCAGACCACCUCCUGGUCCUCACAGCUGAUGCAGUGGACAGUGCCAGCCAGCUCUUCCAAAGCCACCAGGACAAAAGGCACCUCCACCUAGACAGCAUUGUCUGGUACUGGUCAGCUAAAGCACACUACCUCGCCACGCAGCUUCAGGCCGUCCGUGGCAUCAACGGACACAUCCUGGAACUCAUGAGACAGCACCUGCAAAACGUGGGGGACCAGUGCUCUCCAAAAGAGUGCAGCAGCACAGCCCAGCUCUCCCCAGCCCGAGAGCUCGAGGCUCUGAGGCCCACCAAAUCAGCAGAAACUGGCCUGAGCAGGAGUGGACAAGCAAGCAGAGCUGUCAGAGAGGCACACGAAAUGCAAGGGAACGGUCCUCUCAGUACCUUCUUUGGAAGCAGCCCUGGGAAGCAAGAGAGAGAAGACAGUGAGAGAAUGCAGGGAGAUGCCAGCAGGAUGUCCCAGAUGACCAAGGACAUGGCAGUAAGGAUGCUUCACAUGACUCAGUUCCUGAGGAAGAAGGGCCCCAUCACGAGCAAGGAGCAGCUUGUUGCCUGUGCUAGGCAAAUAGCUUCUGAUGGGCAGGCAUUUGUUACAUUCGGCCGCAUCGUUGCAAAGAUGUGCCUGGACAAGAGAUGUUCUGCAGAGCUGCUGCGUGCCGCAGAGCAGACUCACACCAUCAGCAGCCAGCUCACCAUCGUGGCCAGGUGAGUUGCUGCUAACAAGGAGUCUCCCCGAGGCUCAAAGUGGCACAGCGGUCUUCAGAGGUCUGUGUGGGAUCUGGGCGCAGCGCUUAGCGCUCAGUUGCAGUUCAGCAGGCUCUUCUCUUUCUGCUGCUGCCAGCAGCACUUUUCUCCCAUUUGCCUGCCUCAUUUCUCCUGGAAACCUACAGCAGUGCAGGGCGCACUGCCUCUGGCUUUGGACUACCUGGUGGCAGAGAGCUGCACGCUUCCAUGCUCUUCCAGUAAAAUAUCUCAACGUGUCUUUAAGGGUAAAAGCAGUCACUGCUGAGAGCAAGUCCUCUUCUGAGCUGCUCGUGAGCAACGCGCAGAACCUAAUUCAAGCAGUUUUACAUGUUCUGAAGGCAACCGAGGCAGCGUGCAUCAAAGUAAGUUAAUGCUGAUAACGAUGAAUAGGUUCUGUAAGGUGAGCUUUGCUAUGGGGAGCUCCUCCAGUCUCAUCUGGUGGUGGAGAUGCAGAAGCUGGCUGCUGCGGGACCUCUGGCAGCAAUAGCAGGGGUCAAGACUCCUACUGCUACGUUUCUGUUUUAUGCCUUUCUGUUUUGUUUCCAGAGCCUCCUCUGCAUUUUUUCCAGGCAUUGAAUCUGCUCUAUCACUGCUACCAGCUUUUAAGGCAUGUUUAGCUGGUCUGUUUCCCAUUUCAUAUUUGGAGAGUGACAGCACUUCAUUGGAGGCCUUUAUUUGGAAAUAGUCCAUGUCAGUCUUAGCCUUCAUGUUGUCUCUAGGUGGGCUUUGAUCACAACUCCCAAGAGCUUGCCUUGCAGCUGCCAGCAACGGCUGACUGAUCCAAUUGUAAAUAGUUUGUGAGAGCAGACUUGAUGCGAAAGCACUUCAAAACCAAGCACAAAUACAACGGCACUCUGCGCCGGUGCAGUUUUUCAUUGCGUGCCUUCAUCUCCUACACAGCCCUACAACCUCUGC